GUGGAUGAACAAGGCAGGUUGUGAGCACCGUUACUGGGGUCAAGUCACACAGCGACUGUCUGAUGUCACAGUCUCAGUCAGUUGUACUCUUUACCUUUACAGUUGUAGCCUGUCAGUGCAGGACAUACGUAUGCAUUAAUACUGCAAACAGCAUUUUUUUAAUACUGAGUGACUGCAGCAGGUCACUGAUGGAGGCCGCUGAUCUUACCAGCAGCACUUGAUGGCAUUUUAUCAUGUGAUUGUUAAUAAAAGCCAAAGGCACAUUUAGCAGUCAAAUGGGUUUUUAUGUGAAUACAGUGCAGCUGCUCUUUGGUGGCACGUCGAAAUUCUGUUCAUCAGGUGGGAAAGGAGUCAUAAAAAGAUAGUGUGAAAAAACACUGAAAUAAAAGUUCAUGUCAGGCAAACUAAUGAUAUCAUCACUGCAAUGUGACCUACAUGUUACAUACAGUAAGUAACUUUUUAUGCUUGAUGUUAUAUUUGUUUAUAAUGAUUAAGCUGUUCUAAAUCAGCAUCUGUAAAAAAACACAAGUAAAACCAACACAUCACCAACAGGUCCAGCGAUUCACCAUCAUGCAUCCAGGAACUGGAGGAGCAGCUGAACCAUCAACCCAAGGUGAAAUGGCUCAACAAGGAAUUCAAGUGGAUCAGGAUAAACUGUGCUGCUCCGUUUGUCUGGAUCUAUUAAAGGAUCCAGUCACUAUUUCCUGUGGACACAGUUACUGUUUGAGCUGUAUCAGAACCUACUGGGACGCAGAGGGUCACAAAGGAAACAGCUGUCCUCAGUGCAGACAGACGUUUACACGGAGACCUGCUCUGGUGAAAAACACCCUGUUGGCAGAUUUAGUGGAGGAUCUGAAGAGGACUGGACUCCAGGCUGCUCCAGCUGCUCUCUGCUAUGCCACACAUCAAGACGUGGCCUGUGAUUCCUGCACUGGUAGGAAGCUAAAAGCCACCAAGUCCUGUCUCCAGUGUCUGGUGUCGUACUGUGACCAACACCUCCAGCCUCACUAUGAGUCUCCAGCCUUUGAGAAGCACCAGCUGGUCGACCCGUGUGAGAAGCUUCAGGAGAACAUCUGUACACGUCACAACGAGGUGAUGAAGGUUUUCUGCCGCACUGAUCAGCAGUGUAUCUGUUACCUCUGCUCCAUGGAUGAACAUAAAGGCCACGACACCGUCUCAGCUGCAGCAGAGAGGACUGAGAAGCAGAAGGAGCUCAGCAAGAACCAGCAAACAAUUCAGCAGAAGAUCAAGGACAGAGAAGGAGACAUCAAGAAGCUGCAGCAGGAGGUGGAGACCAUCAAUCAAUCCGCUGAUGAAGCAGAACGCAGCAGUGAGAAGAUCUUCACACGUCUGAUCCAACUAGUUCAGGACAGAUGCUCAGAUGUGAAGCAGCAGAUCAGGUCCCAGCAGACAAGCCUGGUGAACAGACUGAAAGAAUCUCAAAAGGAGCUGGAAGAGGAGCUCGCUGAGAUGAAGAGCAGAGAAGCUGAGCUGCAGCAGCUCUUACACACACAUGACCCCAUCCAGUUUCUGCACCACUGCCCUGCGCUGCUGAAUCCCAUGGACUCCACUGACCCACACAGCAUCAGCAUCCAGUCUGUGAGCUACUUUGACCACGUGUUAGCAGCUGUGGCAGCAGCCACAGAUAAACUACAGGACGUCCUCAAUGAGGAAUGGACCAAAGUCUCACUGCUGGAGGUUGAACAGGAAGCUUUAAAGCCACAAGCAGAACCCAGGACCCGGUCUGAAUUCCUCCAGUAUUCACAAAAAAUGACGCUGGAUCCAAACACGGCACACAACCAGCUGAUGUUAUCUGAAGGAAACAGAAAAGCAACAGUGAUGAAAAAUAAGCUGGUUUAUCCUCAUCAUUCAGACAGAUUCAUCGAACAGCAGCAGGUCCUGGGAGCAGAGAGCCUGAUGGGACGGCAUUACUGGGAGGUUCUAAUGGAUCAGGACUUCUCCAGAGCUACAGUGGCUGUUACAUAUAAGAAAAUUAGCAGAACACAAAGUGAAAGUGAAUUUGGAUACAAUGACAGCUCUUGGGCUUUAAUUUUUUCUAAAAGUCCAUUCAUAGUCAUGCACAACGGAAGCAUUCUGUUCACCUCAAGACCCCCCUCCACCAGAAUAGGAGUGUUUCUGGAUCACAGUGCAGGGACUCUGUCCUUCUACAGCGUCUCUGACACCAUGACUCUCCUCCACAGAGUCCAGACCACGUUCACUGAGCCUCUCUAUGCUGGUCUUAGUGUUUAUGGGUAUGACAUGUAUGUUGAACUAUGUAAACUCAAGUAGAGGAGCAGCAUCAAUGAGACCUGAAGGCUGAAUCAAUCACAGCAGCUACAGUUCUUUGAUUUGUUAUUUGUAAAACCUAAAAUUUUUAGUUUCUAGAGUUUCCCACUCUGCACUGACUAGUAACGAUGAUCAAUGAGGAACUGUUAUCGUCAUGUGACAUCACUGCUCUUCAAUCAGUGGGACAUUGGACUUUGACUGUAACAUGACCACCAAACCACCAAAAAGCUUGUUAUGAUGGAAACGUGUCAUGAAGACAUGGAGCAGAUGUCACAUGGACGUCACAGAGCCUUUAUGUUACUAUAGCAACGCUUCUCCCCAAUCAAUCAAUCAAUCAUUAGUAGAUCAUGUCAUGAAAGUCAGACGUUGUGAACUUGAAUUUGAGCCCAGAAUAAAAUGCUUGAAAUGCUU